GUGGCGGCAGCAGGCAGCGUCAGCAGGCAGAGGACACGCUCAGAUCAACCAGUAAUCACCACCGUCUCUCACACUGCCAUGGUCGAAAACCCAACAACAGUGCUUCCUAUUUUUUACCGAGAGUGAAACUUUAAAGCCCAUUACAAACAUGUUGCUGGACGCUACAACCCUGCGGAUAUAAGCGACAGUGAAGAGCAGAAGUACCACAACACCGAAACCACAAAGAAGAAGAAGAAGCUGUUUUUUCGUUUUUUUUACGCUCGGAGGGAAAGACGGCAUCCGGCCUGAGAAGAAGCUCCGAGGUCGGGGACUCCGGUCGGAGCAACGCUCAUCGUUUCUGGCCUCCCCUUCCUGAGAGCUCCAUGGAGAAAAUGAAGCGAUUCAAGAGGCGUCUUUCUCAGACGUUACGAGGCAGUCACACCAUCGACGAGUCGCUGUCUGAGCUGGCAGAGCAGAUGACCAUCGAGGAGAACGGUCUGAAGGACAGCGUAUCCAGGGUUCGUACAGAGCCUAUCGUGAGGAAUGGUCGUCCUCCGACGGCCCACAGUGUCCACUCCUUCCUCCACCAGUACACAGGCUCCUUUAAAAAGCCUCCACUGCGACGGCCUCAGAGUGUCAUUGGAGGAGGCCUGGGCUCUCUCAUGGUCAUGCCUCGCAACGGCAGUCGCCUCGAUAUUGUCCAUGAGAACCUGAAGAUGGGGUCGGAUGGGGAGAGCGACCAGGCGUCGGGAACUUCCUCUGAUGAGGUGCAGUCGCCAACGGGUGUAUGUCUGAGGAAUAGAGGGAACAGACGCAUCUCUGCAGAGGACCUGAACAAACGUCUGUCCCUACCGGCCGACAUCCGGAUACCUGACGGUUACCUAGAAAAGCUGCAACUGAGCAGCCCGCCCUUUGACCAGCCGCUGAGCCGACGCUCCCGCAGAGCAUCGCUGUCAGAAAUAGGAUUCGGGAAGCUGGAAACCUACAUCAAACUGGACAAACUAGGGGAGGGCACGUACGCUACAGUCUUCAAGGGGAGGAGUAAGCUGACGGACAACCUUGUGGCGCUGAAGGAGAUCAGACUGGAGCACGAAGAGGGGGCGCCAUGCACAGCAAUCAGAGAAGUGUCGUUACUGAAGGACCUGAAACACGCCAACAUUGUUACACUGCACGAUAUCAUCCACACAGACAAGUCGCUCACACUGGUCUUCGAGUACCUGGACAAAGACCUCAAGCAGUACAUGGACGAUUGUGGGAACAUCCUGAGCAUGCAGAAUGUCAAGAUUUUUCUCUUCCAGAUCCUGCGAGGCCUGGCGUACUGUCACAGACGGAAAGUUCUCCACAGAGACCUGAAGCCCCAGAAUCUGCUCAUCAAUGACAGAGGAGAACUCAAACUGGCUGAUUUUGGGCUGGCAAGGGCAAAAUCCGUGCCCACUAAAACAUACUCUAAUGAGGUGGUAACACUUUGGUAUCGGCCUCCCGACGUGCUCCUGGGCUCCUCUGAGUACUCCACUCAGAUAGACAUGUGGGGUGUCGGCUGUAUAUUCUACGAGAUGGCUGCCGGCAGGCCCCUGUUCCCAGGCUCCACAGUGGAGGACGAGCUGCACCUCAUCUUCAGGCUGUUAGGCACUCCCACAGAAGACAGCUGGCCUGGAAUAUCCUCCAUCGACGAGUUCAAGUCCUACAAGUUCCCCAAGUACAAGGUCCAGCCGCUCAUUAACCAUGCGCCCAGGUUGGACACUGAUGGCAUCGACCUGCUGAUGUCAUUCCUAAAAUAUGAGUCAAAAAAGAGGAUCUCUGCUGAUGAAGCAAUGAGACAGCCGUACUUCAGGAGCCUGGGGCCACGUGUGCACACACUGCCAGAGAGCAUAUCCAUAUUCACACUGAAGGAGGUCCAGUUGCAAAGAGAUCCUGGCUACCGGAACUCGUCGUACCCGGAGUCAGGUAACGGAAAGAGCAGAAGACAAAGCAUGCUGUUUUAGAUUCUCUGGACUGUAUUUCUUUUUUUAUUUGGGAAGCAUCUCCCAGCUGUACAGUCAUGCAAAAUGGAUCAGUAACCCGAGAUGGAUGUUGGCGUUGAGCAUCCCCAUCAUCAUCACUCCCCCCAAGCUACUUGGGAAACUCGUCCACAGUGCGACCGACCCCCUUUCAAGGUCUGGCCUGAACCUGACCUAUAAGAGACAUUUAUAUACUGUACAUCUAUAUUUAUUGAGAAGAGAAUUUGCUGCUAAAUCUAACUACUGUCUAGAAUUCUAACUGGCUCAGUCACUUUAAUGAGUACAUGCAAUGUGUAUAGAUUAAGUUUUUUUGUUUUUUUUUUUUGAAGUGAUGGUAUUUUAAGUAAUAUUUUUGUCAUUAUUUCCAUUUUAAUGCAUAAAAUCUCCACCUCAAAGCUCCUCAGUGUGUGUAGGUGUGUAAGGUGCACAUACAAACAGACAGAUGUUUCUGAAGCAACUUGUAUGUGACCGUUUACUUUGAAGGUUUUUGCAACCAGCUUUGAUAUAACUGAUAAUUUUAUCCUAACUGGAGGCUAAGACGAGAGCAGUGCUGUCAAGCUGUGUGCAAAAUAGAUCACAUUCUUGUCAGAUGCUGGCAUAUCAUUCCAGGAUGCUGCAGUCUCUGUCGUGACCAAUGAACAAAUGCAAGAGGGAAAAAGGCAGCAUAGGAUUAUUAACAAGGGCAUUACCGGAUUAGUUACGUCUCCUAAAUUCUUCAGAAAACCAAUAUGUAACUACAGUGUACAACCUUCUCAUCCUGACACUUCAUCUUCUCCAGUUUUUUUUACAAAGAGGAGGUGCAAAGUGUAUCCCAGGUGUUUGAAUCUGCUGCCUUUGUGCAUCACAAAUGUGUUUUCCUCUCUGCCAUUCCCAUCUCCAUCAACUGUAAAAAAAAAAAAAAAAAAAAAAAAAAGGAAAAAAAAGAAAAAGAUUUUUUUUUCUUCUGGAUUGCCUCCAUCAUUGUGUUGCAUGCCUGCUGCUCUGUUGUAUGAGGAAGCACACAGCCACUGAACUCCUGUAUCAGGGAGCAUUAGCUAUAGUCCUGCCCCUAGUGGAUAAUGAGACACAGCCUAUUUAACAGUGUUACAAGAGAUGUUUUGUAUGAUAUUCUUUAACUUUAUUUGUUGAUAAUUGUUAUUGGUGUGGGAUUUUGUUGAAGAUGCCCUCCCAUAUUUGAGCUUUUUUCCCCCAAAGUAAAGAAAAUUAAAUUUAAAGUUUAAAAAGGAAA